AUGGAGUGCACUGUUGCCGGCGGGAAAGAGCGGCACCUCCGGCUGCUGAUGCAGCUGCCUAAAUCAUCUCCAGCCCUUGAUAUUUCCGUAGUUUCAGUGGGGGCUGGAUCCGAGAGCUGUGUUGCUGUUCUCGUCGCAACGGAUUCCGAGUUGCUAUGUUUUCAGGGCGUUGGUGGCGUUGCUGCUGCCUUUAGCAGCAAUCCCAACAAGAAUCCCCCCGCUGCACUCUCCGAAGCAGUGGCCUAUGAAGUCUCAUCGGGCUCUGCUGCCGGUCCUGCUGCAACAGCGAAUGCAUCCAGCUCUCUUGCUGUUGACCGUACCAGCAGCACAGAUCCUCAGACGGCGGUAUUCACAGUGUACUGGCUGACACCCAUGGGCUUGCUCAUUGGGGAGCUGCGGCUGCCAGCAGCACCAGCAUCCCUAGCAGCAGCCGGUAGCGGCGGAAAUUUGCUGUCGUUUCCCCCCGAAGUUGUUUUGCUGCCCGCUGCCCCUUUAGUAGCUGCUGCAAGCAGCAACAGUACAGCAGCAGCAGCAGCAGCAGCAGAUGCAGCAGUAGCAGCGAAAGACGCCCUUAACCCGCAGCACGGCCCCGUACCUCUGGCCUUCGUUGCCACAUCCCGGCACUUCCUCUUUCUGUUCGAGCACUGCAUUGUAGCUUACUCCAAGAUUUCUAGACAAUAUAGCAUGUCUCUUCCCCUGCCUCAACAUUUAUAUGGCAAGGCCCUCCAGCUCCUGCAUGACACCAGCAGCAUUUGCAGCAGCAACAACAGCAGCAGCAGCAGCAGCAAGGGCUUGGUGCUGCUGACCACAGAAUUUGCUGCCCACCUCCUGCUGCGACACGAAGACGCCAACGUCUGGGAGCUGCUUCUGGCUAGCCAGGAUUACACGGGAGCCCUGGCAGCAUGCAACACAACGCAGCAGCGGGAGAUAGUGCAGCGGAGCAAGGCUCGGCAGCUGCUGCAACAACAGCAGUGGGUGGCCGCAGCAGCAGCCCUCGCGUGCUGCUACACAGUCGGAUUCGAUGACGCAUGCUGCUUGCUGCUGCAGCUGCAACAGCAGCUCCCCCAGCAGCAGCAGCAGCUCCUCCAUGCACUGCGAGUGUAUGUUGCAGCCAAGCUGCAGCAGCUCGCUGACACGGGACCAAGACAAAAAGUGCUACACAAGACGUACCAGUACCUUGCGCCAGGACACCGACCAUCUCCACAGCAGGUGGUCUUAUUUACGUGGCUGUUGCGGCUGCUGCUGCAACAGCUUAAUUCCAUAGAUGCUGAAGCCUUGCGAGCUGCCUCGCCCCCACUUCCACCAAAAACAUCGGCAGCAGCGGCAGAAACAAAUGUAGCACUAGAACCCUCAGUAGCGACUGGUGGCAGCAGCAAUGAAGCUGCGCUAGGGGAGGCCCUGCAGCGGACACAGCAAGAAAUCCGGCAUCUUCUCACCGAGUUUAAGCAUGUUGACGAGUUACAUGGCACAGUGGUGAGCUUGUUGCAGAGCAGCGGCCGUACUGGCUUGCUGCGAGACUUUCUGCUGAUGCGGGGUGAUGAGGAGACAUGCGCUCGCCUCUUUCUGAAUUCUGCGCAAUACCGAGACGCACUCGACGCAAUUCUGGCUAUCCAGAACAUCGAGAUUCGCAACAGCCUGUUUGUGUCGUAUGCCCCGUUGUUACUGCUUCAUCGCCCACAGCAUUUUGCUGCUGCGGCGAAGAGACCUGAGCUGGCCACAUUGGAGCCUUGGCGCUUGCUGCCGGCGCUGCUUUUACCAAUCACCAUGCUGCAGCGCGAUCAGCAGCAACAAGAAAAGCUGCAGCCGCAGAGCAGCACUAGAAGUUACGCGUGCUGGAGAGCCGCCGUGCAACUCGCCAAACACUUCACGGAGGCCCAUAUGAACAAACCCGGUAUGGCAUUUCCUUUUGUGAAGGGAAGCGCACUGUCCGCGAGUGGGGCUCCCGCCAGCAGCAGCAGCAACGCCAGCGGCACUGGCAGUUGCAGCUGGGCCUCUUCAGCAGGCGUGAGCACAGCGCUCUUGCUAUUGCUUGCUGAGGCUCCCGAUGUCUCAGAGGAGGAUCUAACGUCUGUUAUCGGGAACGGUGGUGGAGGGUUCGACGCGCUGUUGUGUCUGCGCCACUGCCAAGAGAAAAACAGGCGCCGGGGAGUCAUCUUAUUGUAUGUUCACCUCAAGCGCUAUCAGGAAGCAGUGCGCAUGGCGUUGGAUGCCGCCGACGUUCCCCUGGCGGAGGAGGCAGCAUCGAACUGUGGAGAUGAAGUUCUUAAAAGAAACUUGUGGCUGGAUAUCUGCCGCUACAUAGGGGAACGGGAAGAUGUUGCUUCCUUGCUGGCUCUCGUGGAGCGAUCCAAGCACUGCAUUAAGAUACAGGACUUGCUUCCACUGCUGCCGGAUGCAGCUUUGCUGCGAGAUGUGGGUCCUGCCUUGCGGGAAGCAGCAGCAUCAGCUCAGCGUAGCAGCAGCAGCAGCAACAAUGCCCUGCAGCAGCACCUUGUUGCUAUCCGAGACCUCAAAGAUCAGCUGCAAGCCGUUAACCAAAAAUGCGUGUUGAUCGACGCGGAUCACCUGUGCGAUCUCUGCGGAGCGGCCGUCAUUUGCAGCAAAUUCUUUGCCUUUCGAUGUGGUCACUGCAUGCACGCGACCUGUGUUCAGGCUCUCCAGAUCCCUGCCAUGAGCCCCGAGGAACUUUCGAGGUUUGACCGCAGUGUUGAAGCUCUUGCAGUCGCGAUGCAGGAGAAUUCAUCCAACAUUGAGGCGCUGGAAGACGCCGUUGACGGCUUCUUGUCCCGGGAAUGCCCUCUUUGCGGCAGCUUGAUGAUUCGCUCCAUCCAUGUGCCUCUUGUAGACCCCAACGACACCACACAGAUUGACGCCUGGACUCUUGACCCCCAACCGUAA